GUUAUGUUGAUAAAAAUGAGUUUAGUUUUUUAUUUAUUUUCUCUCUUUCUUUUUUUUAUUAUUAUUAUUAUUAUGAAUAAAUUAAAAAAUGUAUUUCAACGUUCACAAAAACUCAAGACAGAAGAAAGAAGACCACAACAGUUUAUAAAGAGACUUUCGACGACUAACUCUACACCAACAACUAAUCUCAAUGAGCCACCGGAAAUCAGCUUGUCUGAACUAUCAGAAACAGAAAGAGAAGCUUACGAGUCUUGGUGGAAGGAUUUGAGUCCGUUUGGUCUAGAAGUGAUCAAUAACCCUACUCUACUUAAAUUCUUGAAUGGCUGUAGUUUACCUGAUAAUAAACUAGAACAGAUUUUGGCCCUAUUUGAAUCAGCAACAGAAGGACUGAAUAAGCUUCAAUUCUUUGCCAUGCUUCGAUUGAUUGCACAUGCUCAAAAUGGACGGAAAAUCAGCCGGGCAUUAGUCUAUUUAGGAGCACCCAUACCUCAUUUUCAUACAAAUCCAUUUGAUGCACUUAUCAAGACAAUACCAGAAACAAACAAUACAGCACAUUAUCAAGCAAGGAAGUCUUGGUGGGGACAAGAGAAAGAACAACAGUCUGAAAACCGUCGUUCUUAUUUAGGGCCCUUUACAACACACACACCUAUACCAACGCAUGAUCCUACGGUUGAUUUCUUUUAUCCUCAAGAUUGGAAUCAAACCAUGGCUAUGCGACCCGCCUUAAAUAGCUCAGUCACAACCACAGCUAUUGCACCCACUACUCCCGCUGUAGAAAAACCUUAUACACAUUCUAGAUCAAGAUCUGCAGGUACAGCAGAUGACUUUAAUCCUUAUCAAAGACCAGAAGAAGAACUCCAAUCAUCAAAAUCCUCCUUGUCUUUGCAUGAAUUGAAUACUGGUCAAACACUCUUAUUAACUCAGAAAUUUGUCUAUCAGUCUCCCUCUAUUCGAAAUCAAGAAAUACCUAAUAAUAACCCUUUUACCACAAGUCCAUUUGAUGAUCCUCAUACUAGUAUCAAUCAGAAACCAAAUCAACAUGCUAUACCUCCUCCUCCUGUACCAAGCCAGUCUACAAAACCAGCAUUUCCUAAAUACACAAGAACAAAUACGUUUAUCAAACGAAGUCAAAGCUCAGCUACAGAUCGUACUCAACCUUACCAACAAAAGCAUCAAAGACAUAAAUCAUUCUACUAAAAUAAAAUUUUCUUUUUUCUUUGUUUUUUUUUU